AGGGGGUGUGCAACAAAUAGUUGAUGGACAGAUGUCAAAGCGACAUACCAAGGCAUAAGUAAUACUUCCCUCCGUGCAUAUAAAUCCCUCUCCCCCUGCCAUCCCAAAUAUGGGUCAUCAUCACGAACACGAGCGCCAAUACGACGAAUACCAGACCUACAGCGCAGAACCUCGAAAGCACGAGGCUAAACUCUCACAUGAGCUUAUCGCAGGGGCUGCAGCAUUCGAGGCCGCUAAAGCGUACGAGGACCACAAGGCAAGGAACGGUGAACCCGACAACCACGCGACAGCCAAGGAGCUCUUGGCCGGUUUCGCUGGCGCGUUCAUCGACCGUGAGGUCGAAACCAAAGGCUUGGACUUCCUCGACAGGCAGAAAGCUAAGAAUCACGCUGCACAACAAGUUCACUCGCGUUAUGGCUACUGAUGGAAUUAUAUCCUGUAAUCCAAGUGUGAGAUUAUAUGACCAGAUUGUACAAGACUUGAACCGGUCCAAUAAAUAAUAUUCAUUUGAGCUAGUGCGGUUUCGGGUCGCUUCAAGUGCCGCGGUCAGUACGGUGGUGAAAAGAAGGUUAGCAGUAGAUAGUCUGAACGUUGGGAUACCUAUCCAAGGCCGUUCACUCUCGUUGGCCUUGACAUACCCACGUGACAUACCCGUUGACGCUGGUCCCAAGGCAAUCUGUUCAGCACACAUACCUCUUCACAGAUGAAUAAUGUCCUUAACGUCAGCAGCUAGUUGCCGCUGAGUUUACAUGUCUUCUAGGGGACAUGUGUCGAAACUGCAUGAAACAGGGACAGUUCCAGGUAAGUAGGCGGCUUCCAUUGGAUACAUAGUUCCAGAUCCAGCUUUUGUGGGUGAC